AUGGAGACAGUCUACACCAUCGACGAGCUCGACCGGUUCCGGCUCAGCAACCCCGACUACAUCUACUCCCUCCGGAAGCGCUACACCACGCAGCAGGACCUGCUUCUGCGCCUCCGCUUACAGUUAAUCAGCAAGAGUCCAUUCUACGGCUCAGGGAACACGAAAGAGCUAAAGGAUCUGCUGAAGGGAGCGAAGGGUCGAGAGGCGUUGGCGCUACCGCGGAAGGAUGAUGUGAGGUGGCAUACAUUUACGACCGAACAGCAUAAAGAGGCGAAGGCGUUGGUGGGGGGCCUGAAGGAGGGGGAGGGCGAUAUAGAGAAGAUUGUGGAGGAAUUGGAAAGGUUUGUGCUGGAUUGUGGGUGGGGGGAAUGA